AACACCUGAAGUCUCAAGUUUAUUUUGUGAAGCUUAUAUAAAUCAGCAUGAUCAUGAAGGUAUCUAUGGCAAUGUGCAAACAGUCAUUGCCUCCUUCGACAACGUUAGACUUCGCUCUGGCGAGUUUUGGUCCCAAUAUGCUAACUCGAAACCCAUACGUCCCAAAGGAAAAAGUCGUGGUCAUCAUGGGCGCCACCGGAACAGGCAAGUCACGACUAUCCGUUGAUCUAGCCACACGUUUCCCAGCAGAGAUCAUAAACUCCGACAAGAUCCAAGUUCACCAAGGUCUCGACACCAUCACCAACAAGAUCACUGCCGAGGAGAGAUGUGGGGUACCGCACCAUCUCCUCAGUGUCCUGCCGCCUCAAGCCGACUUAACCGCCGCGAAUUUCUGCCACAUGGCAAAUCUCUCAGUUGAGUCUGUUCUUAACCGUGGAAAGCUUCCAAUCAUCGUUGGAGGUUCCAACUCUUACGUCGAGGCUCUAGUCGACGACGACGACUACAAAUUUAGGUCGAGAUACGAGUGUUGUUUCCUAUGGGUCGACGUGGCACUACCCGUUUUGCACGGGUUUGUGUCUGAGAGAGUUGACAAGAUGGUGGAGAAUGGAAUGGUUGAAGAAGCUAGAGAAUUUUUUGACUAUUCGGAUUAUGAUUACUCGAGAGGGAUAAAGAAAGCAAUCGGAGUUCCAGAGUUCGACAUAUUUUUCAGGAACGAACCCUUCUUGAACGUGGGAGACAGAGAAGAACUAUUAAAUAAAGUGGUCGAUGAAAUAAAGAGUAACACAUUUAAGUUAGCUUGCAAACAGAGAGAAAAGAUCGAACGGUUGAGAAAAAUCAAGAAGUGGUGCAUUCAGAGAUUGGACGCCACUCAAGUUUUCACAAGGCGUAGAUCAAAGGUGGAUGCUGACGUGGCGUGGGAGAGGCUGGUGGCUAGACCGAGCACCGAGGCUGUUUCACGGUUCUUGCUCGAUAUUGACAGCCCUCGAAUGUUGGUGGAACCAUCAACCGCAGCGGUAAGGGAACGCGAGAUGUCCCUAGUGGCGUAAUCAGCUGUAACCACAUACAGAUAACGCUGAAUCCGGAAAAUGUGGUUUAGAAAUAUUCUGAUGAUAUGGCAAUGAUUCAAGACUACUACUACGACGAGUGGGGAAAAAUAUAUGCUAGAAAAUAAAGUUAUAUUCGCGGCUUUAUAUCUUACUAUAUUACAUGCAUCAUUUAUAGUACUGUCAGAUACUGAAAUUUUGGCAUAACGGUUAUUCAGUAUUAUCUUCUACUUUUUUUUUGAUGCAAGUAAGACUGUAAGUGGAACGGUAUACUUGGAAUUGAGACUUGCCCACCUUGUAAUAACUAUUGAUUUUAAUAUUUCAACGUCUAUAAGCUGAAUGGGCUUGAAUUUGG